GUCAGUGCCAGGGCCCCCGCUCCUCGUCCGGCUCUCCCUCACCGCGCUCGUCCGCGACGUCCAUGAUGUCCUCAUGUCACCUAUAGCGCUCCGACUCCUCCUUCGGCCUGGCCUAAGGCAGCCACUCCUUGCCCGGGGCGCUUCCACUUUCCGCCAGACUUCGUCCUGGACGCAAACAUCUCAGACGUUCUCGUCUCAGUUCUUCACGCGCACGCGCACGGCAGCGCCUAGUUCUUCCUUCUCCCGCAAGCUCCUAUGGAUAAUACCCGUCACUGGAGGAAUUGCUUUUUUGGCGGCGCCUGCCCGGAAGGACAACCGCAAUGUCUUUGCCUCUCCGAAUCUCAUACCGUGCUCGGAGGCGGCAGCGGAAUCCUUGGACCCGGUCAUCAUGUCUCCUUACGAGUCUGACAGGACUCUCUUGGGGCGUAUUAGGGACUUUCUACGGGACAGGAUCCUCGAACCUGUGCUGACGGCCCAGCGAUUUGUGUACCUCUGUUUCUUGUUCGUCCCAGUGCUUUUGACAGCCCCAAUGCUGCUCAUAGGGCCGCCGGAGAGCAAACUCGGAGGCGAUAGAUGGGGUGCUGUAUGGUGGUACGGUUUUCUUACCAGACAGAUGCAGUAUGCUGGGCCGACUUUCAUCAAGUUAGCUCAAUGGGCCGCCUCAAGGGCUGACCUGUUUCCAGCUCUCUUAUGCGAACGCAUGGGAGCUCUACAUUCGCGAGGAAAAGCCCACACUUUGGCACAUACCAAGAGGGUCAUCGAACAGGUCUUCCAACGUCCGUUCGAAGACGUCUUCGAAGAAUUCGACGAGACUCCGAUUGGAACCGGCGCCAUAGCCCAGGUGUACCGGGCGACCCUGAAACACGACCUCAUUCCCCCGUCUCACUUGGCCCCGAAGCGCAGUAAGCGCAAGGCAGUUCUCCCUCCCUCCUUAACGAACGAGCCGCCGCCAUCUGUCCCCACUGCUUCUGUGGCAAUCAAGGUCUUGCAUCCCCGAGUGGCCCAAACAAUCAACAGGGACCUACGCAUCAUGUCCUUCUUUGCAAACGUGAUCACUCUGAUCCCCGGCAUGCAGUGGAUCUCCCUCCCUGAGGAAGCCGAGGUGUUCGGUGGGAUGAUGCACGAGCAGCUCGACUUGCGGAUAGAGGCGGAAAAUCUCGCCAAAUUUGAGAAGAACUUCGAGGGUCGUAAACUGCCCGUGUCGUUUCCCCGGCCUCUCCAGUUGUGGAGCACCAAGGAUCUCCUAGUGGAGGAGUACGAGAACGCGCUACCGCUCGAGUGGUUCCUCGCCAACGGUGGCGGCCCGUUCAACGACACCCUUGCGGAGGUUGGACUCGACGCCUUCUUGAACAUGCUGCUCCUGGACAAUUUCGUACAUUCCGACCUGCAUCCUGGGAACAUCAUGAUCAAGUUCGUAGAGCAUCACAAUAGGCUGAAGGCCAGUCCUUCGUGGUUCCCUACCCUCUUUGAGAAAGAGGACGUCCCCACUUCCAAAUCAGACAAGCCGAGCUCUAGCGAUGCGUUAGUCAACGAACUCCGCGCCCUCACUCACGACCAGGACGCGUGGCGCGCAAGGUUAGCGCAGGCGAAGGCCGAAGGAUUCCAACCCGAGAUCGUCUUCGUCGACGCGGGUCUCGUGACGACGCUCAACGCCGUCAACCGCAAGAACUUCAUCGACCUCUUCCGCGCUGUCGCCGAGUUCGACGGCUACCGCGCGGGCAUCCUCAUGGUCGAGCGCUGUCGGACUCCUGAGCUCGCGAUCGACACAGAGACGUUCGCGUUACGCAUGCAGCACAUCGUGCUCAACGUGAAACGCAAGACGUUCUCGCUUGGCCAGAUCAAGAUCUCGGACAUCCUCAAGGAGGUUCUGAAGGCUGUACGGAAGCACCACGUUAAGAUGGAGGGUGACUUCAUCAAUACAGUUAUCUCGAUACUGUUACUGGAGGGUAUUGGACGACAGUUGGACCCUAGACUGGACUUGUUCAAGAGCGCGUUACCUAUCCUACGGCAGCUUGGCCGACAGAUGUCAACGCAGGAAACCAUGGCGCAGAUGCCUUCGGGCCAAGUAGGAGCUUUCUUGAAGCUCUGGGUGGUGAUGGAGGCGCGCGAGCUUGCGUCCGCGGCACUUGUCAACGCUGACGACCUGGUAAAAUAUGACUGGCUUACACCGGCAAUAUAGACGAGUUCGUAGCGACUCUAGAUCCUCCUGCACAAUACGGACAAAUAAUCUUGUAGAACUAGACUUCUUACAGCAUGGAUGCAUAAUGUGUUACCCACUGCCACUCAAUAUCGCGAAGAGACUGGACUCCC